CUGUUUAUCUUGUAUAGCCUGCCUGCAAGCUGUAAUGUUGUUGUUGUUGUUGUUGAAAUGUUAAAACGUUAACUUUGAAAACCGUGUAAUAUCUCUGAAUAUUUCUACGUUUAAGGGAGUGUGGUGAUUAUUACGUCAUGGUCCGUCCAGACAGCAUUGGCUCUGCUCAGUCUAGCAGAGACAUGAGUGGUGAUCCCGAAAGUCUUGAGACCCGGUCCAGCUGUGAUUUGUGGUCAGAGAUCUGCUCGGAUCUGCCGGCGCCACCAGACCACGGGUUUUCUGAAGAACACUUCACAGAUUCAUUCCAGCCUCCAUGCAACCAGAACAACAUUACCUCUCCUAGUACCCUCAAUUCUUCCAGUCAUUGGGAACCAAUGGCAGACUCUGCAGUCUACAUAGCCAGUUUAGAGAACCGUUUAAAGAGGAUUAAAGGUCAGUCAAAUGAGGUCACCUCAAGGGAAAUGCUGCGCUCCUUGUCCCAGGCCAAAAAGGAGUGCUGGGACAGGUUACUCCAUGAUGCCCAGACCUCAGAGUUAUUCCAGGAAGGUGAUCUUGAUCAGAGUGCUUUGGAGCAGCUGAAACGCUGGCUGUCUCCAGAGCGUGUAGCAAUCAGUGCAGAAGAGCUGGAGUACCUCCUCUUGCCGUCUAAGAGCAAAGAGGGAGCCUCGCACGACCCAUCCAGCGCAGGUUAUUCGACAGAAGAGCAAGACGAGGAAGAAUGCUCAAGCCCAGAGAAAUAAGUCACCCCAUUCCCCAAGGGACUGUGGUCACAUGACCAGCAGAUGAUCGUGUAUUUAAGACUCAGUGUACAGUAUCUGGGAGUAAAAAACCUUUACAGGAAAUAUUGUUGUGGACUUUGAGAUUUUAAACCGUAUUCUGUAUUUUAAAGGAAAAAAUUGAGUAUGUUAAUAAGUCCUAUGUGAUCUGCCACCAUAGAUUUUUCUCUCUGUCUCUCUUGGCUUUGCAGCAUGAAUUAGCAUUCAAAAAAUUGAACAGUAUUAAAAUAGGUGUGUGUUCAGCUGCAUAAAUGUAAAUCUUUAACAGGUUUAACAUUCUGUAUAGGAUUUCCUUUCGUCCUCAUUUUGUCCUUUAUCUUCAUGUCCCUGAUUGCAUCAUACAUUACACACAAGGAUUCUUUUUCCUGUGAUCUUUCAUCUUCUGUAAAGAUUUUUUUUUUACACUUAUGCCACCAUGUAUGCACAGGCUUUUCAAACAACAUUAACCGAUAUCAUGUUUCACCUCCCUUCCAUCAACAACAGCUAGUGCUGAAAACACAAUUCCACUAGUUAAAUUUCAUUUGUUUUAAAGGAGAAUGCAACACUUAAGAGCACAUUAAAUGUUCGUAUGCUAAAAUGUUGGAAGUGCUUGAAUACCUUGUGUUGAUUUCACAUCCAGAUAAAUAAGACAUCCACUGGUAAGAUUUUCUAAUUAUUGAUGUCACAACAUGGAGAAGUAAAUCCAAUCAAGAUUAGCAAAACUAUGUAAUAAAACAUUACUUUCUUCACUAUUA